AUGAAUGCAAAUCUCCCUGAACGAUUUCGAGGCGGUGGUGCCAGACGCAACUAUCAUGCUGCAGCAACAACCAAUUCCAGCGCGGGGUUUGACAUGACCUUGAAUCUCGACAUUCGUGAAUAUUCCAACAAACAGGAGAGCAUCAAGGCCACCUCAGAUCAAGACGACUGGUUGUCGAUGCCCGAGUUUCCCACCGCGGAGGAACUUCUUGGUGAUGGGCCCCAGCUACUCGCAAACAAAAUCAAACGCCCCUACAAGAGCAAAGAAAAGUAUCUGAAGAUACAUUAUGACUUGCAGCGAGAAGACGCGAUUGGCAGCCUAAGAGAUGCUCUACAAGAGUUCCGCAGUGACCCGACGAUGAAUGAUACGCAUGAUUUCUCCAUAUACGAUCAGGUCUACAUCGUCGGCUUCACCUUUCCACGGCGAAGCCUGGCCGCACGUGUUCGAUUCUCAACCCGACGUGCAGGUAAACGUAUAAGUUGGUCCACGAGCAAGAGAUUGGUUUCGGGUUCGAUUGUUGUUUUGAUGCGCGCAAAGGACAAGCGCGUUGAUCUGUCUCGGCUUAUUGUAGCAGUUGUGGCGGCAAGACCUCUUUCUGGUGUUGAACUCGACACCCCCGAAAUCGAUCUGACCUUCACUGACACUGAGGCUGUACAAAUUGACCCCCAAGAAGAAUUCAUCAUGCUAGAGUCGAAGCAGGGCUAUUACGAGGCUUAUCGACAUACUCUGAGGGCGCUGCAGAAGCUCAGUCAGGAGACAUUUCCUUUGGCCGACCACAUCUGCAAAUUGGACCCUUCCGUCCGACCACCUGCGUAUAUUGAACACAAUCCAGUCCUUGAUCUCAGUGCAGCUGCAAAGAUUGGCCAGAAGAAGGACUAUGAGAAGGUUAACGUCCUUCAAAAUUGGCCGGCUACUCCGAAAGACUCGCUCGAUGACACGCAAUGGGAGGCCCUUCGAGACUUAAUCACGAAGCGACUUGCUAUCAUUCAAGGUCCUCCUGGCACGGGAAAGACUUACGUGUCAAAAGUAGCGGUGGAAAUCUUGCUACGUAACCGAAAGAGCAAUGACCCCCCAAUCAUUAUUGCUGCACAGACAAAUCAUGCGUUGGAUCAGCUGCUCGGACACAUCUCCCUCUUCGAGCCUGAGUACGUCCGUCUUGGGGGUAGAAGCACAAGUCCAGAAGUCAAGCAACAUGCACUGUUUGAAGUUCGGCAGAAAGAUCGCAUCAAUUUGGUUCCUGGUGGUGUCUUGGGUCGCUCCAACGCCCUUCUCUCGAAGCAGUCCAAAUUGAUGUGUGAGAUUCUUGAACCAUUCACCAAACCUGGUUCGGAUCCUUACUCAACUGAACAAAAAUCUGGUCCCAAAGUCCUUCAGCAGCUGGGCGUUUUGACCGAAGCUCAAGUCAAGUCUUUGGAAGAUGGCGCUUCGCAGUGGGUCUCAGCAAGUGACAGUAUGGAUGGCCCGAUUCGACUGUGGCUUGAUAGAGCGCUCAUCCCUUUCGAGGUCAAGUACGCCAAGGAAGACUAUGGCUUUCAGGAGGUCGAAGACGAAGAUCUCGAAUUCGAACAGUUAAGAGAGAAUGAAGAUUCGCAUGGUGUCAACGACGAAGAGGACAUAGAGCUUCUCAAAGGUCCUUGGGUCGGAAUUUCUGAGAGAUUCACCGUCCGGCCUGCCUCAUCGAGCGAUAUCGCCAAAGCCACCAGACUGUUAGAUUCGGUCUCGGACCUAUGGCAAGUCCCAGACCACUUACGUGCGGCCAUGUUUUCAGUCAUUCAGACGAGGGCCAAAUCCUCAAUGGCCAGACAGUUCCGUGAAUGCGCAGCAAUGUAUGAGAAGUUGAUUCGCGACAAUCAAGUUGGAAAAUGGGAGCAAGAUUCCAUCUAUCUCAAACGAGCACCCAUAAUUGGCAUGACCACAACUGGCUUCAGCAAAUAUCGUGGCCUCAUUUCGUCGCUCAAGCCCAAGAUCAUUCUCAUCGAAGAAGCGGCAGAAGUCCUCGAGGCACCUGUCACCGUGGCUUGCAUUGAGUCACUAGAGCAUUUGAUCCUAGUCGGUGACCACCAACAGCUCCAAGGACACUGCAGUCUCCAAGAUUUGGAAAACGACCCAUUCUAUCUGAACGUAUCGCUGUUCGAGCGGCUUGUGAGCAACAAUAUGCCCUACAAGACUCUUCUCCAGCAACGAAGAAUGGAACCCGAGUUUCGACGCCUCAUCCAGGACCUCUAUCCUAAGCUAAGUGACCACCCCAGUGUACUCAAUCGGAGCGUGGAACCCUGGGGCAUGGGUCCGCUCAAAUCAUUCUUCUUUGACCACAGAUGGUCUGAGUAUAAAGACGAUUCACUCUCGACCUACAACGAAGAAGAAGCAAAAUUCAUCGCUGGAUUCUAUCGCCACUUGAAUAAGAACGGCGUUCAACCACACCAGAUCACGGUGCUAACCUUUUACAACGGACAACGAAAGAAACUGCUCAAAGAGCUGCGAUUGUUAGCAGACAUCACAGCAGGGUACCUUCAGGUCAAGACGGUGGAUAGUUAUCAAGGAGAGGAGAACGACAUUGUCAUCCUGUCACUUACUCGGAGCAACGAAGAAGGCAAGAUUGGCUUCCUCGCCAACAUCAAUCGUGUCUGUGUGGCCCUGUCCCGGGCUAGGCUGGGCUUUUAUAUGUUUGGGAACUCUCACUCGUUGAUGGCCGGUUGCGAUCUAUGGUACAAUGUCAUCAAGCGAAUGAGUAUAGCCAAGCGAAUGGGCCAGGUCCUACCAGUACAGUGCAAGACUCACCAAGAGACCCUCUGCAUCCAGUAUCCCCAAGAAUGGGCCAAGACAGAUGGUGGCUGCUUCAAAGUCUGUUCGGAGAAACUUGCCUGUGGUCAUUCUUGUCCAUUGCGAUGCCAUCCUUUUUCCCACAACAAAUUCCAAUGUCCCGAGCCGUGCACGAAGACUUUACCGUGUGGUCAUGGGUGCGAACAUAACUGUUCCGAGCCAUGUUAUUGUUGUUGCGCCGAGUUCGCAAAGUAUCAAGCCUUGAGAUCUCAAGAGAUCUGGACCGAGCUCGACGCGGAGGGUAUCAAGAAAGGGGUGCAGGAGGUCCGAAUGUUUAAAGAAGCAAAUGGUCAGAGUAUUCCCUCUCAUGGCAGCAACAUUCACUCACAGCCGCAGAUUCCUAAACCGCGCAAUACUGGACCUUCAUACCGCGAUGCAGUUGUUGCGCCUGAAGAUGAGGCCCCGCUUCGCACGUCACCCGAAAAGCCAAAGCCUGGUUCCAAGCAGAAUGGCAAUGUGAACCCGACAGCGAUGCGCACCGUCGAGACGCGUCAACUAUCCCCAGAAAAGCAGCAGAACCGAAAGGAACGAUGGACCAAGUUUGCCAAGGGUGGUGUAGAAACGGAUGAUCAGCGAUUGGUCGAUCUGUCCGAGUCACAAUCUAGACGAGAAGCACGAUUAAAUGAUGAGCAAGAUGAUGGGCUAGAGCAAGCCAGUACGCUACUGCCUUAUCCAAAUACACGCACAGCAGCUAUUGCACAAGAGACCAUUAAGACUCUUCCAGGUGGUCGGAAUAGAUUCUUGCAUGAUUUUCAACCAGAGGCUGUACGAGGUCGAGGCGCGUCGAAUCGGUUGAGGUUGAUGAACGGAGGUCAACAUGGCGACACUGACAGCGCACAAGCGAGCAAGAACGCAAGCCAAGCCAUGUUGCUAGAGGGUGGAACAACAGAUUGGAAUGGUCUACCACCAGUGUCGAAUUGUGACAGUGUCAAAAUUGGCAAGGCAAGUGGUACAUUGAUUGAUCUCCAGGACCUUGAUUCCUACUAUCGUGAUUGA